AUGCAGGGUCUGCGGCCCAGCUUUGAAGACUGCCACGUCCUGGACCAAAAACUUGGAAUCUGCGGUGUUUUCGAUGGCCACCUCGGAGAUGAGGCAGCGGCCUUCUGUGCAGAACGCUUGCCGCGGCAUGUCUCAACCGCGCACGACGACGACGGGCUGCGCCAAGCUUUCGCCUUGUGCGAUUCUGAGUUGAUGGCUGCGCUUCCCAAGGAAUGCGAAGCAGGGACCACUGCAACCGUCGCCAAGAUGCAGCCAAACGGCCGCGAGGAUUGCAUCAUCGUGACGGUCGCUAACUUAGGAGACUCGCGCGCUCUUCUUUGGAGAAAAUCUUCAGAUACUAUAGAGCACACUCGAGAUCACCGUCCUGAUGACAAGUCGGAGCGAGAUCGCAUCACAGCUGCUGGUGGCGAGGUGAAUGAGGAUUUCGAUCCGCCGCGCAUAGACGGCAAGCUGGCAUGCAGCCGAGCACUUGGCGACUUCAGCUUCAAGCAGGGCCCCGGGACGGCUGCGGAGCAGAAAGUCAGCUGUGUGCCAGAGCUGUACCGCUGGACUGCCCAACGCGGCGACUGGCUUAUCCUGGGGUGUGACGGAGUUUGGGACACGAUGGGCAACGAGGAAGUGGUGCAACACGUGUGUAAAUCCUCCAAAGAUGUGGGUGACACGGUCGCUGGUGUCCUGCAGUGUUGUAUCGACAAAGAGGCAGACGAUAAUCUCACCCUUCUUGCAGUUGAGCUGGGCUCUGUGCCGUUGUCGGAGCCCAGUACGAUGGUCAAAGCUGGUGACUUCCUGAAGGAGAAAGAUCCGGCUGUGCUGGAGCAGUACCAGUCUUUCUGCUUGCGCGCUGGGUACGCCAUUGCUCGGGAGCAACAGCCGAAGGCACCUCCCAAAGUGGUUCUGACCGAGGCAGCGCGAACCCCAGCGGCGCCACGCUUCACGGCCCACGGCUACAACGAGCCGGUCGCGAACGGAAAGCUUGUCAACGAACCUGCCCCAAUCGCUCGCGCGCCGCUUGUGAUCGUGGGACCCUCUGGUGUGGGCAAGGGCACCCUGAUGCUCGGACCUGGCAAGUCGACGAUGCUGCAAGGUUUCGUUCCAAAGCUUCUCGCGUUACCAAGUCUUUGGAGACUGUGGGGUAUGGCUAGCUGGGUAAGUGCAGCCAUGCGAGCACAGCUGCUGUAG